AUGGAUCGGACAAGGCAACGCAUCAUCAUUGCCUACGCCAUCUCCAUUCUUGUUGUCAGCUUACUUUGUACAUCGCAGACACAUGCAUUUUUGCUGUUUCCCAGCAGCUCGGUCUUACAAGUAACAUCAUCAAUAUCGAUAUUAGUGGAUCUGAUAGAUACUCGCAAACUUUUCGUCGAUAUGGGGCUUCAAAUGAAUUAUGCACUGCCAUAUACUGUCGAUGCAUUCUACAACAUGGCGAUUUGGGAAGAUGAAUUUGCGCGUGGCAAGCGUGAGUUAUAUAACAGUACGACCAAGUACUUAACUUCAAAUGAUCUGGACUCGCAUCACGGAAAUACUAUGCAUCCAAAUGACAUGACCGCCGGUGAGCUCUAUGUGGGAUUGGAGCGGCUUUUAGAGAACUAUGGCAUUGAUAAAACGUGUCUAAUGCGCAGUGUUUGUGAAUUGGCUCACCAUCCAAUUAGUGAAGAUAAUGGCUAUAUCGUCGAUCUACUCGCCAAGCUUCUCACUUUUGUUCUUACGCCCUCGCAGCAUGAUGGUUUCGAUAAAAAUGAGAAAGAAUGUCGGGAUAGAUAUGAGCAUGCGGAGCAAGUGGGCUUCCUAUCUGGUGAUUGUGAACAAGCGUUUCCUAACUGUAAGGUGAAUUUGUUGAAGUCUAUAACGAAAUACAUUAUAUAA